UGAACAUUGAACGAAGAGUCACCAGACUGGUUCAAUGACGUGCUAGCUUGCUAGACUGCAUGCUUGCUGCAUUCGGCGAAAGGAGACGUCGAGUUUGUAAGAGACGGUUGCUUUUCCAAUUAAUAUACAAUUUAAGAGAAAGAGAAGUGCUGCUUUGUACAACAAAUCUUACUGUUGAAUCAAUUUUCAACAAGUUUUUGUCCAAAAUGACAACUACCGGAACUUGUGUUGGUAUAGAGACAAUCGUUAAGCCAACUUCCAGGGUGUUGGCUCCUCCGGGUGGUAAGACCAAUGUCAGCCUAGGAGGUUAUGAGGAAGACACGGCACCAGCCACGAGGAAACAGAGCACUGAAGUAGCAGAAGCAGAAAAGCAAGAGGCACAGAAACAGGCAGAGAAGGACCUGUAUAAACCUUCUCCUCCUCAACCCAUCAGACCAGCAGAAGAUAGCUUUGCUAAUAUCUUCGGGGAGGACUACCUCUCCAAGCAACCCAAUAAUCUGCCUCGUGGCAAGAGACGCUUUCCUGACCAGACAGACCUGGGACACAACCCAGUGACAGGUGAACCCAACAGAACAGGCCCAGCAGAAGUGGAAGCCUCCCCUGGUGGUACCAGGGUCCGGGCCAAACCACAGAAGAUUGACCCAGCCAGCAUGCCAGCAGCAGGUGGCAGAGUGGAGAGCAGGGCCCCCAUGAAGAGGCAGCCCCCUGGUGGCAAAGAAUCUGGAAUCUUCUAGUCAUUUCCAUUUGACUCAACUUCUUGGCAGUAGAUCCAUGCCUUAUCUGCUAGUAUCACAGAACUAUAAAUCAAACAGCAAACUUAUUUGAGCAAAUUUACAUGUUCAGCAAUAUUUAUCAGAUUAGUGAAAAGUAGCAUUAGUGUGUGACUUAGGAGGCCAGUAUGCUGUUCCCGCACCAUUUUCACCAGUACUUGGCAAGUUUGUUUGGUGAGUAGCUCUGCGAUAUUGCUGGUUGAUCUAUAGGUUGGUGACAGAGGGAGACACUCUGGGCUUGCUGUUGGUAUUGCUGUUGUUAGGCCUUGUUUUAAUUGUGGUUGUCAAAAGCAAGGUGUGAAAAUGCCCGCUUUGAAAUUCAGCAUUUCAGCUUUUUUUUUCAGUGUGUAAAGAUUUACAUUUUGGUUGAACUUUUUUUGUUUGUUGCAUUGGUCGCAUCGACACAUGUACAUUCAGCACUUUUUGAAUGGAAACCUGAGUAGUCAGUAUAGUUCAUGCACUCACAGAGCAACAUGUUUGGCCGAAACCUAAAUUUGGCAGAGGUAAUAGACAUCUUGUCUAGCAAUUCACUUUUCUACAGAAGUUUGCUGUAACUGCCCAAAGCUAUAGUGUACGCAAUUUUUUUUCUUCCAAACACCCGUUAUUCUACUGCAGUAAGGCUAGAGUGUGUAUAAAGAAAUAUGUUCUGUUUUCCCAGCAUAGUGGCUAUUGUGAAUUAUGGGUCAUGUCUUCACAGUCAUUGCAUGUGUUUACACAGAUCAAUAUGCAAUGAUCAUUUUGUUCCGUCAAUCUACUGUGCCUCAUCAUCUGUAUCAGGGUAUGUGGUAGACCUCUCAGAACCUCUCUCAUUAAAGAGAAAGUCUGCCUGUAUUUCUAUGUUAUCUGGUUUUGUGCCUCGUCCAGUGACUGCUUUUGUUGUAGCUGAUAAUUAUAGCCUGCAGCCGUCAGAACAGACUGAAGAACAUGAAUUUUGGUCUUGGUCAUUUUUUUGUCAUAUUAAAAUUUCAAACAUUUUAUAGUGAAUUGCUCGACUUGUUGGUCAUUAGAAUGCACGUUAAACAUGUGAGGGAUGGGACAACUGAGAAAAACUUACAUAAGUGGUCUGAUGAUAUGGAUCAGAUUUAACUAUUAAAAUAUAGGCAGCUUUAUUACAAGGCUGUAACAAUUAACAAGGUUUAAGUAACACAUCAUUUGAGUCACAGGUCUUGCAGUCAGCUUGUAUUCAGCCCAAAGUUGAAUGUCUAACCAUGACCCUGAUGAAAUGAAGGCUGAGGUAGCCUGAAGUUGUGUCAGGGUAGCUUCGUGUGGAUGUUGUGGUUAGUGUGAAUAAUUCCAUAGUUAAACUGUAGAAGCAUUACUCAUGUCUAAUGAGUCAGAACUGCCGAUGUCAGAUGCUACUACUCAUGACCAACAAUUUAUCUUCAGCAUUACAGCAGUCAGUGCAGUUGCAGUGUCUUUAUAAGAUGCCUUGCAAAAUACUACUUCAUUCAUCUGAAGGAUUCUGUGCUAAAUAUCCUACAAUGCAACAAACUCAUAUCAUGUUUGUUACACUUCUAUGCAUUUUUCUACUUUUUUGAGUAAGAAGUGCAUAAUAUUUCACCAUGCUUUGUUACAGUUUAAUUUUUAAAAUUAAAGUUAACCUAAAUUAUUAUUCAGCAAGGAAAUUAAAGAAGUAGACUUCCUAUUAAAAUUGUAACCCAUGUUAACCUACCUUGACUGUUGUGUUCACAAUAAAUUUGUUCGCAUUUUGCCCCAUUUUCAUGGAUGAAAUGUGCAUUACAUGUACAUGUAACAACAAUCAAAAAUUGUUUCUCAAACUUGGCAUUGGCAGCUUGGGAUCAAGGCCAAAGAACACUUCUGCUUGAAAUUGGUCCUGUUUGUUGCGCAUUAUGGGAGAGAUCAUGGAUUGAAUUGGAUUAAGCUGGUAUUUAUCCACAUUUCUACGAAGAAAACGUCACAAAAUCAAAACAUAAAGAUUGUGCUUAGUCUCCCCAGAAGACUCUUGAGUAGCCCAAAAUUCAUGUGAAUUGUUACAGAUUGAUUUGCUCUGGGUUUUAUUUUCCAAGCAGCAUAUUCUUCUCAAUGAAAUAGAACCUGAAGAAGUUGAAGAAAUUGGACUGGUCAAAUUUAAAUCAAAAUCUUGCAAAAGUUGAAGCCUUAAUUAACCAAGUUUGAGAAAUGAUCAGACAUUUUUGUUGUCUUUUGUUACAAGUCUCUGUGAUGGAGUUUUGUAUUCUUUAGUGUGUAACUGAUUUAUGUGCUUUAUGUGUAUCAGAUAACGACACUUGAUCUCUCAACUGUUGCAAUAUAUUUAAUAAGUACUUUUUUAACAUUUGUAAUCUUGUUCUGAGUACUGUUAACAUCUGUGCAGCUUUAUAGAGAUAAUUUGGACUAAGAAUUAUUCUUUCAAUAUUAGAUGACACUCAAAAUGCACAUGGAGAAACGGAUGAGUUUGUGAAGUGUUAAAUUGAAUUCAGACAGUUGAUCAUUGUAAUUGGUAAGCACUUACAUGUAUGUAUGAACACUCGUGACAUUACCUAGGAGUUGCACAUAUAUUGUCUGGUAAUGCACUAUUUUUCUGGUUUUUGGUGUGCAUUAACUUUCAGAUAACAAAGGAAGUUGAAAUUUGUGUUUGUUCUGUUUAUGCAUCUGCUUUCAGGAGAGUGUUUAUUAUUUUUUUCUUCAUUUUCAGUCCAGAUGAGUUAGUUUUGGUUUCACUACUGCAGGUUUCCGGUGUUAUGGUGUUCUUUGUUCUUGUUAAUGAAAUAUACAUGCAAAUGUAAAUGUAUUAGGUAUCAUUGUGAUGGAUACAAUGAAUGUUACUAUGGAGAUUAUUGUAAUAUACGUCACUGUAUGGGUGUAUAACUACAUGUAGCAUAAAAUGCAUUGUGGUGUACUUAUGAAAGUAGUUGGUUAAAAUACUUCUGCUUGUGGCAAAAAAAGACAUGUAUUCAGAAUAUGUGACAUGUUCCUACAAAAUGAGCCUUGAGAGUUUACCACCAUAAAUGUAAACCGUGAAUAACAUAUUUAGUUCCUAAUUUUGAUAUAAUGCUAAGUUUGAAGUCAUAGUGAAAAUGGACAUUGAACACCCUGACAAUUUCUGUGUGUUUCUGAUUUUGUAUGAUGUUUUAAAGUGCCUGUAACUAAAAAGGGGCUGUUGUGAUUUGUGACUCAUUUUGUUGGGCUGUGUCACAUACAUGUCAAGUAUGCUAUGUGUAACUUAUUAAUGGCUGUCAAAAUGUGGCCUUGUAAUGAUGGCGUAGUAGCUGUGCUAAUAUUCAGGAAAAUGUAUUCAGUGUUUAAUGAGAUGGUAUCACAUUUCUACUUAUGGUUAAUCUGAUCUGCCUUAUUCUUGAAGUGGUUUCACUAUAGUAGCCAAUACAGUUUUGUACAAUACUCCUUCAGCUAUAGUAAUAGCAUUAAAUGUUAUGCAUCUGGUUUGGAAGAACUUGCUUUACAAAAAUGACACCUUUAUGGAUCCAAUUGGAUUCGCAUGAAAAGUCAUGAAGCAUCUGCAGAAAUAUCCAUGAAAUGGCUGACUUCUCUGCUUCUGGUAAAUUGAGGGAUAAGUUACGACUCGAGCUUGAUACUGAUUCCUUUCAGCUCUCAUACCUAAAUGUAAUGCUAAUGUGUUGCUUAUCCAAAAUUUGUUAUUUGUAAUCACUGUGCCUCUGAAGGAAGAUUCUUUAUGGGCAGAAAUGUGGUACCGUCUUGUAUAAAGUACAACACUGUCGGUGUCUAGUUUGUAAAAUGAGGCUAAAAUCGAUCUGUAAUUGAUAGAUUUGUCACAAGAAAUUAGUGUUUUUCCUGUUAUUUGUGAAUUCUUGUAAUGAAAUACAUGAGUUGCUUUGUGAAAUUGAA